GCGAAGUGACGUUGGUUCCUUGUGUCGGUGGUUUGUGUGCGCGCGGCGGGACUGCACUACCCAGAGUGCACCGCAGCUCACACACUGUAAACACGACAAGACGAAGUGACCAAUGAUCUUGUUUGUGCGGUACAACCUGGGCCCAGGUGAGGUGGUGGAGCUGCAGGAGGAGGCGAGUGUGUCUGAGCUGAAGGAGGCAGUGGGAUGUCAACAUGGAGUCCGACCACAAGAGCUCAAGGUUCUGUUUGCUGGGAGGGAACUACAGAGCAACGCCACGCUGCAGGAUUGUGACGUCCCGGAGCAGAGUACCAUCCAUGUCGUCCUCUCUUCUUCCGAAUCCUCGUCCUCCAGGUUUCUCCUCUCAGAGCAGCGUCAAAUGGAGGAGGGGGGGCAGGGGGAGGGGCAGAGACCAGACCUCAGUUCCUCCUCUCACCCCCACCCUUCGUCCACUGACCUGGAGGGGAGGAGGGGAAGAGAAGAGGAGGAGAUAGAGGAGACGCAGGGUGCAGCUCAGAGAGGUGUGCGUGCCUGCAGUACUUUCUUUGUGUACUGUAAAAGCUGCAGUUCGGUCCAACCAGGAAAACUACGAGUUCGCUGUCGACGCUGCAAAGAGGCUACGCUGAAACUGAGCAGAGGUCCUUCUUGUUGGGACGACAUCCUCCUUCCAGGUCGAAUCCAUGGCUUAUGUCAAUCAGAUGGUUGUCAAUGCAACGAAGCGGAGUUCGUCAUGAAGUGUGCGUCCCAUCCGACCUCUGAUGAGGACCUCUCUGUGGCCCUUGACCUUGUUAUGACCAACACCAGAGACGUGCCCUGCAUCGCCUGCACCGACAUCAUGGAAGUGGUCGUGGUCUUCCUGUGUUCACAGCGUCAUGUGAUCUGUCUGGACUGUUUUACACGUUACUGUGAGACCCGACUGAACGAGCGACAGUUUGUUCAUGACGAUGUGAUUGGUUACUCUCUGCCAUGUGCAGCUUCCUGUGACGACUCUCUGAUUAAAGAGCUUCAUCACUUCAGGGUUUUAGGAGACGAGCAGUAUGGGCGGUACCUGCAGUACGGGGCAGAGGAGUGCCUGCUGAGGAUUGGAGGACUGAUGUGUCCGUCACCAGGCUGUGGGGCGGGACUUCUCCCAGCUGAUGGCAGCAGGAGGGUGGAGUGUGACAGACGGGUGGGCUGCGGCCUCAUCUUCUGUAGAGACUGCAGAGAGCCAUACCACGAAGGCGUCUGUCAAACCCUGAGGGCCACGCCCACAGUUGAAGCCUCACAGGAUUUCAUGGUGGGGGAGGAUGCAUCUCUCAGGGGGAGGUGGGAUCGAUCGUCUCUACUGCUCAUCCAGGAGUCGACUAAACGCUGCCCCCAGUGUUCGGUCCCUGUAGAGAAAAACGGCGGCUGCAUGCACAUGCAGUGUCCUCUGUGCAGAGCUGAGUGGUGCUGGAGCUGUGGACGUCCCUGGUCCCCACAGUGUAUGGAAAACCACUGGUUUACAUAAACACACACUUGUUGCCGAGAGACUCUUCAGCAGGAAGCAGAGUGGAACCAGCUCAUUUAGACAGAGAGCUGUAUAAAAAUGUUAAACAUAAUUAUAU